AUAGAUCUAGAUCCACAGGUCGGGGGGGGGGGGUAUAGUAUAGAAGACAGAAGAAGAGAAGUGAGGAAGUAAAUCAGACAAGUAAAGAAGUAGAUAGAAAACAAGAUGAGGAGUCCAAGGCAGGUCGUUUGACCAGUCGAGGAGGUGAAGAUGACCGGUCGAAUGACACUGCUGGAUGAUAAGCUGCUUCUUGCCGCCCUAUGAUGCAAGGCGGUCAGCGCUGGCGCCGCUAUCAGUGGUGCCUGAGGCUGCCACACAAUCAGCUGAUCUGGUACCGGAACAACGGUUGAUCCUGUUCAUCGCUCACGUGUUGUCACAGACUCUACUGCUAUGUAUGUACAGUGUUAACAGGGUAAGAUACUGGAGAUAUUACUCGGUCGAGACGGAAUACUUUUCCAAGCUACUCCGAAUUGUCUCUGACGACACGAGUCAGGUCCAGGCGGAUUGGACUUGCUCGGGAUGAGCCGCCAACAGCCAUCUUUCCAGUUGAUUGGUGCCGUUGGUUCAGAGAUCCUUCCCAUCUAUGGUUCGUGCGGGGUUCGUCUUCUC